AUGCUGACCUUAUUGUCUUCUCAUUUCAGUGGAAUUUUUGGUUACAUUAACUAUCUCGUUGAGCGAGACCGCCAAUUCAUCAUUGACACCCUUCUCAAUGGUCUUUCACGGUUGGAAUACCGUGGCUAUGACUCCGCCGGUAUGGCGGUCGAUGGUGACAAGAAGAAUGAGGUUUGCGCUUUUAAGGAAGUCGGCAAGGUCGCCAAAUUGAAGGAACUCAUCGCCGAGGCCAAGCCCGACAUGACCAAGACUUUCGAAUCACACGCCGGUAUUUCACACACUCGUUGGGCCACCCACGGUACUCCCUCUCGCAGCAACUGCCACCCUCACCGUUCGGAUCCCAGCUGGGAGUUCGCCGUGGUCCACAACGGUAUCAUCACCAACUACAAGGAAUUGAAGGCUCUUCUCGAGAGCAAGGGCUUCCGUUUCGAGACCGAGACCGAUACUGAGUGUAUUGCCAAGCUGGCUAAGUACCUGUAUGACCAACACCCGGAUAUUGAGUUCACCGUACUGGCCAAGGCCGUGAUCAAGGAAUUGGAGGGUGCAUUUGGAUUGCUGCUGAAGUCUGUCCACUAUCCCCAUGAGGUGAUUGCCGCUCGCAAGGGCUCGCCCCUUGUGAUUGGUGUUCGCACCGCCAAGAAGAUGAAGGUCGACUUCGUCGAUGUGGAAUUCUCGGAAGAAGGUGCCCUUCCUGCGGAGCAGGCCUCCCAGAACGUGGCUAUCAAGAAGUCCGCUGCCAGCCUCUUGGCUCCCCCCGACAAGUCGCUGCUGCACCGUUCCCAGUCACGCGCUUUUCUGUCUGAUGACGGUAUUCCUCAGCCCGCUGAGUUCUUCCUGUCUUCGGACCCCUCCGCCAUCGUGGAGCACACCAAGAAGGUUCUGUACCUCGAGGAUGAUGACAUUGCUCACAUCCAUGAGGGUCAAUUAAACAUCCACCGCCUCACCAAGGAUGAUGGAACCUCCAAUGUCCGCGCCAUCCAGACUAUCGAGCUGGAGCUCCAGGAGAUCAUGAAGGGCAAAUUCGACCACUUCAUGCAAAAGGAAAUCUUCGAGCAGCCUGAGUCCGUGGUCAACACCAUGCGUGGUCGUCUGGAUGCCGUCAACAAGAAGGUCACCUUGGGUGGUCUGCGGCAAUAUAUCUCGACCAUUCGUCGCUGCCGCCGCAUCAUCUUCAUCGCCUGUGGUACUAGCUACCACUCCUGCAUGGCCGUGCGUGGUGUUUUUGAGGAGUUGACUGAGAUCCCUAUCGCGGUCGAGCUUGCCUCGGAUUUCCUUGACCGACAGGCCCCCGUAUUCCGUGAUGAUACUUGCGUGUUUGUCUCUCAAUCUGGAGAAACCGCCGAUUCUCUCAUGGCUCUUCGAUACUGCUUGGAGCGUGGUGCCCUGACUGUGGGUAUUGUUAACGUAGUGGGUUCCUCUAUCUCUCUCCUCACCCACUGUGGUGUCCAUAUCAACGCCGGACCCGAAAUCGGUGUUGCAUCUACCAAGGCAUACACCUCCCAGUUUGUGGCAAUGGUCAUGUUUGCACUUUCUCUCAGUGAAGACCGGGCCUCCAAGCAAAAGAGACGCGAAGAGAUUGUUGAGGGACUUGGCAAGGUCUCUGAACAAUUCCGUGAGAUUUUGAAGCUCAACGAGCCUAUCAAGGAGAUGUGCGCCAAGUUCUUCAAAGACCAGAAGAGCUUGCUCCUUCUUGGUCGUGGUGCUCAGUUCCCCACAGCGUUGGAAGGUGCGCUGAAGAUCAAGGAAAUCUCAUACCUCCACUGCGAGGCUGUCAUGUCCGGCGAAUUGAAGCACGGUGUCUUGGCUUUGGUGGAUGAGAACCUGCCUAUUAUUAUGAUUCUUACCCGUGACAACCUGUUCACGAAGUCUCUCAACGCUUAUCAGCAAGUUAUCGCUCGAGGUGGACGUCCUAUUGUUAUCUGUAACCAGGAUGACCCUGAAUUCUCCGCUGCCCAGACCGAGAAGAUUGUUGUCCCCAAGACCGUGGACUGCCUUCAGGGUCUGCUAAACGUGAUUCCCUUGCAGCUGAUCUCCUACUGGCUGGCUGUCGGUGAAGGUCUGAACGUGGACUUCCCCCGAAACUUGGCCAAAUCGGUAACUGUUGAGUAA